UAUAGGUGUACCAUUUCUUCCAUGGGUACGUAAAUUUAGUCUAAAAUAUUAAAAAAGGGUCAAAUCCAUUCAUGGGGCAGUAUGGAAUGAAUAGAGGAGGGAGCAUUUUUACCCUUACCAAAUGGUACCACCCCACUCACGGCAUUGUGUAAUUUGGGUUUUUCCGGUUUUCUAUUAAUGCGAUGCUACGAAAGCAACCCAUAUUCCAUCAACGGAAAAUAAAUGUCUGGAUACAAAUUGCACCCAAGGUACAUCGUCAGUCUGUAUUAUACGCAGCUAUCCUCUCUACCCUGAAGCUGGUUUUUCUCCAAGAACUUUUCCACAGCUACAGACUAUCCAAUAUUCAAGUGGGAGCUCUCUGGAAGGAGUUGCAAAAUGGCGUCCUGCCUCUCAGUAUUGGCUUCUUGUCUCUCUGCCUUGGGUUCACGUGUUGCCGCAGCAGUUUCUUCAUGUUUUUCGGUAGCAGCCUCAAAAUUCUAUCGAUGCCUUCUCUAUUUGGGUGUCCACCAGCGCAACACGACCGAAAUAAUAAACACAGCAUCCAUGUGGGUGGACUUCGAAGACUACUGGUUCACUCAAGGGCAUUCCCGGCAUGUUUACCGGGGCACGUAUCAAGGCGACCGUCGCGUGGAGGGCAAACCCUGCGUCGUGAAAGUCUACAAAGAAGAAUGGUACUUGAACAACGACCGAGAAGAAUACACAUGGAGAGUAGACCAACGUGCCUACGACAAAGCCCAUGAAAUGGCGCGGGAUUUUAAUGAACAGUGUCAAACAAGUAAAGCAAUCCAAUUCGUUCGACCGGAAUUCACCAGCAUUAAGGUUUCUCAAUUCAUCCCCAUAAACGCAAUGGUGGCCAUCGAGAUGUACCUGGAUGGGAAGGACUUCGAGAAAUUCUCAAGCAAUGUUGGUUAUGUUAACCCUGUCGCUAUGGCGUCCCCGGCUGCCUUCAGCCACUUCACUUACCAUACCUCGGGUGGCAAAGUUUUAGUUUGUAAGUUACAAGGGAUUCGCAGUAGCGCGUGGUACAAAUUCUCUGCUCCGGCUAUUCAGAGCGGAGGCAUGGAACUUGGAGAGUAUGGUCCGAGUGAUUUGGGAAAGUUUGGCAUAUUGGCAUUUUUUGAUGACCAUUGCUGUAAUGAUUUGUGCAAAGGGUGGAAGAAACCCCAAAUCAUCGACCUUUCUCCUGAACAAGGAAACUUACUUGAUAAAAUCAUGAGCGCCAUGCGGUCUGAGCGUUCGUCAAAGCGCACUUGUUAUCUGAACGAGUUGACUGACGUUCCUGUCGAACAGAUCGUACAAAUACAUAGCACUUUAAGGCUGGAAGCAGUCCAUGUUUCGUGAACAGGCAUAAACUAAAAACAUCCCCCAUGCAUAAACUUUGCUUUUCUUCACUUUAGUUAAAUCCGCCUUUUCUGUUAAGAAAUACACACAGUUCGGCCUAACCAAGCCUCAAUAUACCAAUAGCGACAUUAUUUCAAAACACGCUUCUAAGACUUCGUGAUACAUUCAUUUCACAAAUAACAUCCUUUUCGGAAACUGCUCAUCGAACAAGUUCGACUCCCCUCCAGACAAAAAAAGAACAUUUGCAGUGUUUCUGCCAUUGGGAACAUUGCUUUCGUUACCACUGUUGGUGGUCAGUGGUAUUUCUAGUAGUUAGGGGUGGUCCAGGGAUUAUCUCGGCUUGGUGAACUGGCUGUUUCAAUGUGUAGCCUAUUUCAACACUGUCUGUGUACACUUGCAGAGGAAUUGAGGUCAUUUUACGUUGUAAUGACAAGCCUAUUCCAAAGUGGUCAUACCUUGCUAUACUAUACAGUUUACAAAAUAGCCUUCACGUUUGUGCUCAUGUCCUUCAAAUUGCCAACAUUAGCAGUGACUGAAUAGUAGUAAAUGUAUAGUACCUGUUGAUAUUGUAGCUUAGAGAGCUGGUAGAACCUAGUUCCAGAGGCGUAUCCAACUUUUGAAGGGGGGAAUUUAAAAGCGAAAGCGGCUUUGGGCAUUUAAUAUGAUGUUUGGGGAGCAGAAAAUUAAAAGCCUUACUCACGGUCCCGACAUCCUUGCUUUAAUGUCGUGGUGUUGUUUUGUUAGGGUUUAUUACUCACCGUAUAUUUGACAAUAAAUCUGCCGGGGGAGGGUUGCAUGUUGCCCACCCUGCAACGAAGCAACGUGGACUGAUUACUCAAACUACCUUUCCCGAUCCUGCUUUCUCUUACUUUGUAAUGGGUCAGCCAUUUUCCCAAACAACACCGGGACCAAAAUUUGAUCUUUCCUGGCAAAACUCAGCCCUCCAUAAAACAAUGUUGACAAUGUAAAUUGUUUCUGGCCUUUUUAGUUCUUGUGUUUGAGAUUCUAAGGGAAAUGACGACUCCGCGUCAGACCUGAAUGUCCACUGAACGUGCGGUACAUGAGUUUAGGUCUGUUAUACAAUGCAUGUGCUUGAUACAUGAUUUCUCAAACCAAUUAGGUGUCACGUGAAGGUAAAAGAUGUUGGUAAUAAGUGUCUUGAAUAUUUGACAAGACAUGGAAUUUUUAUAUGUUUUCAUCUGUUAAGUAGUCUUAAUUGUAAAACGUGCGAUUACUAUAUAUCACCUGUAACAGCAGCAGGUCAUGUCUUUGCCAAAGAGUUCAUAAUGCGUGUAACUUGUCUGCAGUAAAUGCAAAGAAAUGACAUAUUUUACUGAACAAAAACCUACGAUUUCAAAAAGGGCAUGAUUUUGAUGCUGUAAUUGUUAGUAGGCUUUCAAACUUAAACAGCACACGGUAUACACUGAGAGCUAUUUCCAGUGUUACAGAACAUAGUAUUCACACUGAAAUCAAAUUCCUUAUGUCACUUGAUUUCUUUAUUUUCAGACGUUCCAACUUCACUUAAAAUACUAUAUUGGCCUGAUUCUAACACAUUUCGAAUAAAGCCACGUUUGACAACAGAAACUGUUCUAUUUAUAUUUAAAAUAAAAAGUCCACGAACAUAUAAAAAGCCUCAAUAAAAAGUUGAGGAAACUUGUAAAAACUCCUGCCUACACUUCAUUCCUAAAUUAUCAUUCUAUUGUUUGCAUUUGUAAAAAAAAUAUUAGUGAGCUACAUUUUUGUUACUUCGUAGUCGUAGACAAAGAACAGUUGAAAAUAAAAGUUCAGUAUUCAAUUUUCACAAAUAUUUUCGAUAUUUACAUGUGCAGUAAGUCAGUAGUGAUCUAGCACUACAUCUGGAGUGGUUAAUUCUUUAAUUGUAUGAACAUUUGUGCCAUUUUUAACCAUUUGAGCAAAACAUUUAAUGAGUGGAAAUUGGCCAAAGGCCAAAUCAGUUUACGGUCUAGACUUAUCUUCCAUUUUCUGGGAAUCAGCACUACCGGAACUCUAUUUUGUAGAGUACAAAUGUUUAGUCCUUUUCUCUAUCGGUCCUUUUUAACACUUUGAUUUUUUGUUAACCUUUGGAAACCCCUCAGUUUUACGCUGUUUUCUAAAGGUACCGAGCAGUGAAAAAUUGUUUAGAAUAGCAAUUUCAAACGAUUUCGAAUAUAUUCAAUUAAUAAAAGAAACUUCUUUAGGCUAAAUUUCAAUACAUUUUACUUGAUUUCAAUUUACUAAUGAGAGGGAUAGUAUAAUGUUACACUGUACGAAAGUGACCGAGUGCAGUAUGUAUAUGUAUCAGUGUACCGAAUAAAACAGUUAUUAGUUUUGAGGUAAUUGCAUGAUUUAACUUUUAACGAGUUAUGAAAACUUAAAACUUCCAAACAUUCGUCUUCUGAAGUAUCCCACACCAGAGAUGGUAUAACAAUGUCUGUGAUACUUGUCCAGAACUUCUCAGACAUUUGUCAAGCAUGCUGCCAAAAACAGCCAGCUAUUUUGGAAGAUUUUUGUCAGACAGCAUCACAAUAAAAAUAUUUAAGGAUUUUUUUUUGAGAAAACAAGUGGCUGCUAGAGAACACAUUACACGCCUAACUUUCCCAACAAGUCUGUUGCUAUGCUCAUUCCACAAUAGAGACAGAUUAACCCAGAGUUGUGUACUAGGACUAAGCAAAAUUAUCAGUGGAAAUACUAUCGAUCUCAAUAUGUAAAUUAUCCUCUCCUUGUCCCAGUUUAGCAUACUUUUUUUUUGUUCUCCAGUGUGGGAACUUUCUUUUGCAGCCAACUCUGCUAAUGCUUUUGAUAGAUUUGGCACAAGGGAAAAUAUCGUCAGCAUGUAAAAUAUCAAUGAAUUACUGUACAUAUUCAAAAGAAAACUACCUGUUAUUGAUACUUGAUGGGGCAGUCCAAAAUAACAUUGUAAAAUGUGUUGGUAAGAUGACCGUAGUGAAUAGUGUCUAAUAUUUCAUAACAAUAAACUCCCAGGUUUACAGUGUUGUUUACAUUAACAUAUCUUUUUUUGCUAGGUUGAAGUGAUAAGCUAAUUUGUGAGUAGAAUUUGCUGUCCAGUAGUAAUCCUGCAAUAAAUUGUAGAAUGUAUAGCAAUUGCGUUUGUGGGUCUAUUGUCUGUGUCAUGACGGAAAAUAAAAACUAAUUAUAGAUCCUGUACACUGCUUAA